GUUCGCCAUGUGUGUAAGGAAAUCAACCGCAGAUUAUCGCUGCUUGGACUGAGUUCUCUGCCCGUAGCCCGCAGAUGACUGUUGCUGAGGGAGAAGGAUAAUACAAAAUGGCAGAAGCAGUUUUCCGUCCCCCAAGAAGGAAGAGAAAAGUUUAUGAAUCCUAUGAUUCUCCUUUUCCUAUUUCUGCUCCCCAGGAUGGGGUUUAUGGGAGAGAGGACAAAAUAUGCCAAGCUGAAAUUAUUAACAAAAAUGUAAUUGUGAAGAAUCCUGAGGAUAUAGCACAACUGUAUAGCAAGGGUUUUUUUGGGAAAGGUAUUCUUUCAAGAAGUCGACCAGAAUAUGGUAUUUCAGAACCAGCACUGGUUGUUAAGUGGCAAGAUGCCAGGUUAAACAUGCCCGUAAUCUCGUCAAAAAAAUUCCAGCGUUAUGUAGAGUGGGCUAAAAGUCGCAUGAAGGAGCAGGGACUCAAUGACUGCACAGUAAACAAAUUCCUUCUAAAUUACAUCGAACCACUUAAUCUAGAAGGAAAAGAUGAACAAACGAAUGAGUCUGAGAAUGAAGAGACACAAGCAAUGGAGCCUGCUGAGCCCAAGCUGGUAGUGACUUCUGAUGAAAGGAAUCAAGCAGCCCACCCGGAAGGGGAUCCGCACUGUGAUCCAUUAGGCAAGUGUGGCUCUAAUGAACGGGACAGAACAGGAUUUCAAGCUAUCACUAGAACUCAUUCUCCAAAAAGUCCAUCUAGUUUGCAUGAUGACAGCAAGCAAGAUGACUGUGUCAAACAGGAAUCUCCUGUUUUGAGCAGUGGAGAAUAUAGUCACCAGGAGUUUGUGCUGGUGCAAGAAGAAUCGGAUUGGAGUCCAGAAGAAGAAAACGCACAUGAGGCAUCACACCUGAGUGAAAAAGAAAAGUUAGUCUGCAGAAGAAAUCCGUUUAGGAUUUUUGAAUAUUUGCAGCUCAGUCUAGAAGAGGCUUUUUUCUUGGUGUACGCUCUGGGAUGUUUAAAUAUUUAUUACAGUGAGGUACCUUUAUCUAUCUUGAAGCUAUGGGAAUUUUUCAGUGAAGUGCAACCCAAUUUUAGAACUACGUACAUGGCGUAUCACUAUUUCCGAUGCAAAGGGUGGGUUCCUAAAGUUGGACUGAAAUAUGGAACUGAUCUCUUGUUGUAUCGAAAAGGUCCUCCAUUUUACCAUGCCAGUUACUCUGUGAUUGCUGAAUUAGUUAAUGGUGACUUUGAAGGAUCAUCACAGAGAUCGUUUAGCUGGAGGUCUUUAUCAAGUCUGAAUAGAACCACAGCAAAUGUUUCUAAGGAACUUAUGUUCUGUUACCUGAUUAAACCAUCUGAUAUGACUGAAGAAGAAAUGUCAUCACCAGAGUGUCUCAAAAGAAUUAAAGUUCAGGUAUGCUAG